CAUCCCUCCAGAGCUUUUUCUCGCCAGGGUAGUAUAGGCUUCCGAUCGCCGUAGCCGCAUUUGCCGUUUUGUUGACCCUUCAGCCAUCGCGAUAGCCACAACACUACUUACGCGCCGGUCGCGGUAGUGACCUAGGCAUUUGCCUUGUUGUUGAGAAGUCAGGAUUCGAAGGCUUCGGUGCUCGCUGCAAUGGCGGGUCGCCAAGCCCUUCGGAUCGGGAAGAUCUCCACCGUCCAUCGCAUUCCAGUCGUUGCCGCAUGCCUUUCUGAGAAGGUCGUCGCUACCUCUCGGUCGUUUUUAUCGUCCGCUCACUCGCUCCGCGACUCGCUCGGCGAUUCGCUCGGCGAUUCGCCAGCAUCGCCACCGUCACUUGCAUCGCCAGAAUCGCCAGCAUCGCCACCGUCGCCAGCAUCAGCCGGAGCUUCUGCCGCAGCGGCAGCAGCAGCGGGAGUCCGCGCCGGUCCGACGGUGAAAGCGCCAGUCGGGGGUGACCGCCCGCGCACCAUUGGGGGAAUUGGCGCGCCAGUGAGGGGAGGCGGCGCGCGCGCGGUGGUGCGGAGCGGUGAGCAGGCAGUAGGGGGAAUCAGCGCGCGGGCGGUAGCAGGGGGAGGGGGCGCGCGCGCGGUGGUGCGCGUGGUGCGCGCGGACGGGAUGGGCGUGGAGGCGCAACUGCGGCUGGAGGAGAAGCUUCUCAGAAGCGACCCCACGGGCAGCAACUGGUUCGUCUUCAAUGCUGACGUGGCAGCGCCGACCAUCGUGAUGGGGAUAUCGGGCAAGCCUCACGAGCUGCUUCACACCGAAGCAGUCCUCGACGCUCGGGUGCCGGUGGUCCGCCGGUUCAGCGGGGGAGGUACGGUGGUGCUGGACGGAGGCUCGGUGCUGACGAGCCUGAUCUGCAGGCGCGGCGUGGUGCCGAACCUGCCGGAGUACCCCCGACCCAUCAUGGAGUGGACAGAGGGCCUGCUCCAGCCAGCCAUGGCGAAUGUUCCGGGCUUUGCUCUGAGAGACAACGAUUACGUGGUGGGCGAUCUGAAGGUGGGCGGCAACGCGCAGAGCAUCACGGGCAGUGGGUGGCUGCACCACACUUCCUUCCUGUGGGACUACUGCCCGGCCCGCAUGCGGCUGCUGCAGCAGCCUUCUCGUGCUCCAGAGUAUAGACAGGGACGCUCCCACGAGCAGUUUAUAACCAAACUUAGAGAAUUCUACUCAAGCAAGGAUGAUUUUCUGAGAUCUGUCAUGGUCGCUCUUGCCCUUCGCUUUGAUUUACGUGCAACCGCUCUCCACCAAGUGGAGGCCUUGCCAUUCCAACCCUGGAAAUCUAGUGUUGCUGUUCUAUCCAGUGAUGAAUUGACUAUGCUCACAAAGGCAUGAUAUUAUUGUGAGAAAUGGUUAUUUGAGUGU